GCUCGGACUAGCCGGAUUAACGCGAUGAAAAUACACGAUAACUUUGAAAUUUGAUGUUUUAAACAUUUAUGUUGCUUUUUACUGAUGUGAUCAUUUCUGACUGAUGGAGUUUGUGGAGUAUAUCAAAUCACCGCGUGUUGACAAUGUGUAUCUCAAGCGCAGAGGAAUAGCUUAUUUGGAAGGAACUUUGUGCGUGACAGGUCAUCACUUGAUCUUCUCUUCUAGAACAGAACACAAGGAUGAGCUCAUUGUAAGUCACUUACUAAUAACAAUAGCCAGCAAAUCAUUUUCAUACGAGCUGAUUGAGUUACUUGAAAAGAUUACAAAGUAUUCAGAGUCAAACUCGUGAUCUGGUUAAUGUUUAACUUCAGUAUUAUGACGUUCAAAGUUCCCCAGGGUAUACUCCUUGUGGCCUUUUUGGUUUUUAUGGUUGAAGGUUUUUGAGGUGAUUUUUGCUUACUCUUCAAGCUUGUUCUAAAAAAUCCAAGAGAGGGGCACAUCUGCUGAAAAAAGGAAAGAAAUUAUUGAUAAUUUUCAGAACCAACUAUCUGAAUAUUUACCUUCAUUUCCAAAUGCAAAUAUGAAAAACAUUUCUUAUCAUUCGAAGAGUUGUCCUGGUAACCCAAUUUAACCAGUUGAUAUGAAGCCUGAAAAUCCAAAGGCAAUGAAAUGAAAAAUAAUUUGAGAGAUACCACAAUUUCUAUUAAAAAUUAAGCCUGAAAAUGUGUCCCCAAUUUACUAAGGCUCAGAACAUCAGAAUAUCCAUUCACUAGUUGUAUAUCACUGAAUUUAAAGUACACCUUGUUGGAUAAUUAAUGUAGCAUUCAACAGUUUCAUCCAAAAUGAUGCUAUCUUAGAUAUAGAUCUACAAGCAAGUGACAAAAUUAUUGGAUAAUUAAUGUAGCAUUCAACAGUUUCAUCCAAAAUGAUGCUAUCUUAGAUAUAGAUCUACAAGCAAGUGACAAAAUUAUUCCAACAGUCAACCCUUUAACCUCCAAGAUCUCCUUUGAAACUCUCCUUACUGUCUGCCAUACAGUUCUUGUGAUGUUAGUUUGGAGAAUUUGGUAUUGGAUCAACUAACAAUCCUCUAACUGAUAUUUUUCUUUAUUCUCAUCACUUGUCUGCUUGAUAUUGUAUUGAUAUCGUAAGGAGAAAUUCUGUCUUGGUUACUUAUGGGAGUUAAAGGGUUAAACUGCAAUCAAGAUAGUUAUUGGGAAAGAAGCCUUCUCCAGGCUUUGAUAAGGAUUCAACUUGUGCCUGUCACAUAAUAGUUUGAACCCUGUCCAUGCCUGACUUUUUUUUGUGUGCUUCUUUUUCAAUCUCAAUUUCUUGUGAGGAUCAUUUUGUAAGUUUCUGAUUCAUGCACAAGAAAAAAUAUGAUUUAUAGCAGAGCUUGCAGAGCGUAGCCCCAUAAGUAUACAAAAUAGUAGUAACCCAUCAAGCCAAAAAAAUUUGGUUGUAUGACCGUACGCCCAUAUGACCGUACGACCGUACGACCGUACGACCGUACGACCGUACAACCGUAUGACCGUAUGACCGUACAAGGUGCUACUUUUAACAUGCGUGGUCAACUGUACCACAGGCAUGCCAAUGCCAUGGCUUUGUCCAGUGGUCCAGUGGUCAGUGCACUAGGCUCCGAGUCGGACGACCUGGGUUCUAGUCCUGGCCAGGACAUUAAGGCAUUGUACUCUUGCGACAUGCGGGAAAAAAAAUGCGAGCUCCACUUUUAGGCUCGGCUAAAUCUAUAUAUUAUUAUUUAUUUUUAAUCCAUAAACUUUUACCUUACCAAGAGAAUAGGAUUAAAUCACCAUACAUUAAAAAAUGGAAAUAAAACAAAUUCAGAAGGACAGCCUUCUAGGAAACAGCUGCUUGCUAUUGUUUAAAAUUACUUUCAAGUCAAAAUGAUUUUGAGGUAGUUUUUAUUUUCCUUUGCUCUAUACACAUUGUCCUAAGAGAAAGAAAAGUAUAUAUUUUUUUCCUAUCUGUUUAACUUGUAGCUAUUGCACUCAGCAGUGGAACAAGUGGAGAAAAAAGCCAGAGGACAGCAAGGAAUAUUGACAAUCUGUUGUAAAAACUUUGAUUUGGUUAAACUGAGGUUUGGCCAAAUUGAAGAGGCAUUGAAUGUAGCUUCCUCUAUUGAAGUUCUCUCAACAAUUGGUAAGACAUACAGCUGAAAGGUUAAGCUAUGCUCUACUGCAUUAGAUAGUUCUUUACUUGCAUGGGUUCCUGGUGUAAAAUCUUUUGUGAUGUUUGACAUUAACUGAAUGUUAAUAUAUUCAGGUUAGAGGUAGUUACAGGCUAUUAGUGUAAAGAAACAGGUUGGAGAAUAUUUUUUGCAUCUGAAUUAGAAAUAAAGACAUGGAAAAGUAGCAGAAGAAUUCAUCAUAGUGGCUCGAGAAUUUUCCAAUCCUGGAUGUGUAAUGAGUAUUAUGAACACGCUGUAAUUCAGUCUAAUUACUAGUGUGCCACUUGGAAGGAUAUUUAUUGCCAAACUCUUUCAAUAAGAUGUAAUGUAGAAUUAUUUCUGAUUAGCAGUUUGGGUUUCAUGUUAUGACCAUUGAAAACUCUUAACAGCGUGUACAGUUAUUUUUUAUUGUGGUCUAUAAAAUUUAUAUUAUGAUUUGAACUUGGGAGGGGGGGGGAGGAUAUGUGAUAUUGUAGUCUUAUCAUUCAGAUGAGUGAGAAGGACUGUUGUUGGUAGUAGUAAUUAGGGAGUGAUAACAGUUGUUUCUACAACCUGUAGGGAAUUCAUCAUUAGAGUUGAGUGAUGAUGAAUUCCGCUCAGGUUGUAGAAACAACUGUUAUCACUACCGACAACAUUCCUUCUCAGGACUACGCUAAUCCUGGACAAUGGGACCACACUAUCACAUGAAUUUAUACUAUUGAAUACUGCUAACUACAAUAUUUGACUGAAUCAGUGUCUAGUCCUGGUUACACUCACACGUGGAAUUGUUCAUUCCCCAGAAAAUACAAAUCUGAGAUAUCCUUUUUUCUACCGACACCUAAGAGCCAUUGACGAAGAUGGUUGGGAUUUAUUUAGUACAGAAAUGGAAUUCUCAAAACUCUCUGCAUUGACACAGGGCUGGAGAAUCAGUCAUGUGAACAGUAAUUAUGAGGUAAGUCCUUUGUAAGUUAUAAAUUGCAGAUAUAUAACAACAAAAGAAGGCACUUCAGCAGAAGAGGAUUGUUUAAUAAAUUCUCUACCAUAUUUUAUGUCUUUUGUAAUCUAUAAAUGAAAAAACCCUGUGUAAAAUGUAUUUAAAAAAAUAAAUAUACUUUCAAAGGAAGAGAAAAGGAAAAUAAGUUAAAUUGGAAACUUGCUUGGAGACCAUCUUUAAAAGUUUGUAAACACUUUUUUUUCUAGGUAUGCCCAAGCUAUCCUGCUAGUGUCGUAGUACCUGCAAAGAUGUCAGAUGAUACUCUGAAGGCAUCUGCUCAGUUUAGACAGUCUGGAAGAUUUCCUGUUCUUAGCUACUAUCACAAACGAAAUGGGGUGAGAAUAUACAUUUCGUCAACAAAGUGGGGAGCUUGAUUUAGCAUUGCCUUGUAGUACUCAUAGUUUAUUUCAUAGACUCUGACAAUUUAGGUACAUGCUCGCUUUGAAUUUGGUUUUUUUUGUUGUGCUUAACAUACAUGUCAGUAGCUGCUGCACACCUCCCUUACAUGUAUGUAUGAAUUAAUCAGUGACUUUGAAUUGGUCUACUCUGUGUGAGUUAAUUGUAUGAAUGCAUGCACUUUAUUUUACCAUGAAUGAGGACAGUAUUAAACUCAUUGCAGGACAACAAUUUUUCUAACGGCUGUCAGAAGCUACAACUGCUUCACAAUCUUGCAUUAUUUUUGUUUUAGGGCUUAUGUUAAAUUGGAACUUAAUGAACAUUUUGUUGUUUAUAGAACAGCUUCUCUUUCAAAACAAAACCUCAAGCAAAUAUCAUUGCAUGAUACACAGGUUGUUCUUUUAAGAUGUGGUCAGCCAUUAACUGCGAUAGGAAGCAAGAGGAGUCGUGAAGAUGAGAAAUUGGUCAAUGCUACUUUAGGUGGUGAAACUAAAGGAGUUAUUAUUGACACAAGAUCGUCCACUGCUGCCAUGAACAGCAGAAGCAAAGGUAAUGGAAUAUUCUAUAUUAAAUACUCUUAAAAUUGACUCUUUAACUCCCAGAAGUGAUAAACAUGUAAGUUCUCCCUAUAAUAUCCAUACAUUAUCCAACAAACAGGUAUUGAGAAUACUCAAACUUAUCAAGUAGAAGUAGUUGUCUUGAUCUAAGACCAAAUUCUUGUAACUAAGUUAAAAGGAAAUGUGAAGCAGAUAGAGGGGAGAAAUAACAAACAGAUCUUGGGAGUUAUAGGGUUAAAGGUAAAGUCUGUACAAGUGGUCCACCAGAGCUUAUUUUGGUUUCCUUAAUACUACUGAAUGGGAUGUUAUUUACUCCCAAGUCAUUUCUCUUGAAUUUAUUUAACCUUCUGGUCACAUGACUACCAAGUAGUCAUGUAGCUUAUAAUUUGUUCUAUCACUUUCCUUCACCAACUGUGCUAUGUAACAAAUCAAUCUCAAUUUUCCAAUGUCUCAGACAUGAUGUCGACAAUGCUCAAAAUUUUUUGCGGUGAAACUACUUGGCUGUACCUUGUUUGCAGUGAAACAAACACACUUGGGUGUGCCUCGUGGCUUCACUGUAAUUAUGAACAUUGUUGAUGUCAUUUCUAUGAUUAGUAAGGUUGUAGACAUUGGAAAAUAAUUAUUGUGGUAGAUUUGUUAAAUUGACAAUGGAUCUUGAUCACAAAGCGCACAAGAAUUUCUACUAACAGCUAUUUUAAAAUCUUCCAAUAUCUGAUGAGGUAUUUUGCUGAAUGAUCUGCACAAUGCAGUAGAUGAUUUUUGUCUGUGUAAACUUUUUGGUGAAUAGUUGUUUGUUUAUUUUUGCAGGAGGAGGAGUGGAGCCAGAGUCACAUUACCCGCAGUGGAAGAGAGUUAAUCAAGGCAUUGAGAGAUACCCAGCACUUAUUGAUAGUAUUGCAAAACUUGCUGAGGGUAUGUGCAUUAACAGUGAUAAAAAGCAAAAAUGUUCAUUCCAUGUUCUGAAGACAAAUGGUGGAGAAGAAUCUGACAAGAACAAAUUGAUGUGUAUGGAAAUCUUUUGGCUAAAUGGCUCAGUGUGAGUAAUUCAGUCCAAAUAUUUCCUCAAAAUAAACACUUACCUUUUAGAUUCUUCUAAACAUUAUGUCUUUGGAACAUGGGAUGAACAUUUUUGAUUUUGGGAAUGCUCAAACAGGCCCUACUGAAGUUUGACAGUUGACACUGUCUGUAGUUGGAAAGUUAUGUAAUGCUCAAUAUUGUUGACAACUGUAUGUCUGCAUGCAAUAAUUCAAUGACAUACUUUGCCACUACUGAUAGAAGUCAUGAUUUCAAUAAGUCUUAACCAUGCAGAUUAAUUUAAUUUAAGUGAUACAAGAAAAAUAGUGGAUGGGAAGCCUAUUUAUUAAAUCUCUGGGCUCAAAUAGAAGGAGAAGAUUUCAAUUCAAAAACAAAAUUUUGAAUUUAGCAGGCCAUACAGUGAAGUAUUGUUUACAAAAUUGACCAUUCUUAGGGCUCGUAUUAACUUAGAGAUGUAACAAAAUACUGCUCUUGAUGAAAAUCAAUGAAAAGCACUCUAAAUGAACAACUAGUGUGCUAAUUAUUUCAAAGCCUCAGUAACUGGUAUGAUUUCAUGUCAAUGUUAUGGGAAAUAACAUUCAGUUAUAAACUGAGAAGUUUUAGUUUAGUACUGUGUUUAAACAACAGUGGAAUUUUUUGGGUUUUCAGCCAGUUUGGAUCAAAAACUCAGCAUGAACUCAUGGCUGUCAAAACUUGAAGCAAGCUCCUGGUUGGAUUAUGUUCAAAGUGUUUUAUCAACAGCUUGUUACAUAGCACAAUGCUUGGAUACACAAGGUAAAGUUAAAACCCUCAAACUCCCAAGAUCUGAUUGGUAAUUCUCCCCUCCAGCUGCUACACAUAUCCUUGUAAAUUAGUUAUGAGAAUUUGGUGUUAGAUCAAGACAACAACUUCUACCUGAUAAGUUUGAAUAUUCUCAUCAGCUGUUUGCUGGAUAAUGUAAGGAUUUUAUUGGGAGAAAUUUCAUGUUGAUAACUUCUGGGAGUUAAAGGGUUAAAUAUGACUCUGUUUUGUGUGAAACUGAAGGGAAAAAGCCUUUCUCUAUUGUGUAAAACCACAUGGCAGAUUGAAGAAAAUAAUAUUUCUUUUUUGUAAACUGUGUAUCUACAAAAGAGCACUUUCAUAAUCAAAGGCAUCAAAUAAUCAUAGGUUAACAGUGACACUUUUAUUUGAAACUGAUAAGAGUGGUUUUGUUCAGUUUUUGUCUCUUCAUUUUGGUAGUAAAAUUGGCACAGCCCAUUUCUAUUAACCAUGCAAUAAUGGUUAAAAUCCAAUUUAACCCUUUAACUCCCAUGAGUGACCAAGACAGAAUUUCUCCUUACAAUAUCAAUACAAUAUCAACCAGAUAAGUGAUGAGAAUAAAGGAAAAUAUCAAUUUGAGGAUAAUUAGUUGAUCCAAUACUAAGUUCUCUGAACUAACAUUAUAAGAAUUGUAUGGUUGAUAGUAAGGAGAAUUAUAAAUUUGAUCUGGGAGUUAAAGAGUUAAUGCAAACUCCAGCCUUUCCAAAGCUGACUCUUCAAGCACCAGUUCUUCCUCAGAGAGAAUGAAGGGCUUUUGCUCGAAAAGUCUGAUUUAGAAACUCUUUAUGGGGGACAAUUUACAUUUAAUCAACUCAGCUGAUAAUACAAACAUAUUUUGUGGCAACAGCUGAAUGGUUAUUUUCAAGUCAAAAUUUUGUUCUGUCUGGAAGCUUAACACUUCAGUCACUGACCAGCGCAGUUGAUUCCAAUUAUUAUCUUGCUUAUUAAGGCACAACUGUGUUAGUACAUGGUGAUGCUGGAACGGAUGCGACGUUACAAGUGACAUCAUUAACACAGGUUCUGUUGGACCCUCAUUGUAGAACAAUAAAGGGGUAAGGAAAACAAUUUUAUGAGUUAACUUUACAAUUUAUGAUAAAUCUUGGUUUCUUUGUGUCAACAGUUGCAAGUCAGGGAUGGUGUAACCUAUUUCACUUUAACUGAGGAGGGGGGGGAAAGGGGGGUCGAGGGAGGGGGUGAGGAAGGGGGGUUGGGGGCUUGUAAAAAAAAACGCAAGGGACGCGAGUUUGUCGAAGGGUCCUCCCUCAAAAAAUUUCGAAAUCUAUUCUCCAUAAUUAUCUCAUAUUUAAACAAAAUAAAAUAUCAUCCCAGUAAAAAAAGGGGAUUCAGCUACACUGUCCUUGCAAGUGGCAUCUUCACGGAAGCAUGGCGAUAUUGUACUCAUUUCACUGCAUUUUCAUUUCCCGUGAUCUUAUACAGGUUUGAAGGGCUGAUUGACAGAGAAUGGCUGCGUGGUGGCCAUCCAUUCGCGGAGCGGUGCGUCAAAGUGGGUUUGUCUACAAAUAGGUACAAGGGACAAGGCCCAGUUUUUCUCCUCUUCUUGGACUGUGUUUGGCAGGUUAGAGUGAUAUUAUUAUAAUAUAAUAUAAUUAUAGUGGCUGUUGGGUAACACGCAACAUUCAGUUGAAAAUGGCUGUUUAAUGCCAGGAGGAUAAGGUGAUUAUCUAACACUAAUGUGUUGUUUUCUUUACUUGUAGAUUUACCAGCAAUUUCCAUGUUCUUUUGAAUUCAAUGAUCGCUUUCUCAUCGCACUUUUUGAACAUGCAUAUUCCUCACAAUUCGGUAAGUAACCUUCCUUGAAAGAUAAAUCCGAGUGAAAACUUUCCUUGUACUGAAAUAUGACAUAGUUUCUUAUUUUGAUACUCAACAAUGUUUUUGUCGUCAAAGGUACAUUUUUAUGCAAUAACGAAGGCGAGAGACAAGCAGCAAAGCUAAAAUCCAAGACCAUUUCUUUAUGGUAAGCUACAAAUGUGUUUUUUUUUGUUUUUUUAUUAUUUUUUUUUUAACUAAGUAUUUGCCUUGCUUUCCUCGUCUAACUGUUCAAGGUAAUGCCCCUUCCUUUUCCUGAACAACGUGGCAAGAACAUCAUUGACACACUCGGCUUGGCCUUGUGUGACACUUUUUUCUUCUCACCAUAUUUCGACGUCAUCUGCGAUCUAUUACUGAACAGGCGUAGGGCAUCAUGGAAUAUAUUUGUUGAACUGAUUUCGAGUUGUCAAUAAUUAUCCACAUCUUCCUUCUUUCCUUUGAACAGGUCGUAUCUGAACCAAGCAGAUAUCCUGAACCCUCUGUUAAAUCCUAUGUACGAACCCAACAACUCUGUUCUGUGGCCUUCUGUAGCGUCUCAAAGUCUUGUAAGUCCACAGAUCUUACUGAAAGUUAUUACAUUGAAGGAAAAUAAUGUUUGUGAAACUAUAGAAUAUUAAUCUUUGCCUUUAAAAAGCAUUGAUGAAAAUUUGCUCUUUAAGGCGUUUUCAGAUGUAAAAGAGUAUAAUAGCAUUUAGAAUUUUGUUUUCAAUUUUACUAAAAUCCGACCUUAGAGGCCGCCAUUUUAAUAAUAAUAAUAAAAAAAAAAAAAAUUGGCAAGGUCGUUCACAUUUUCAAUCCCUUUCUACAGGUCCUGUGGCCAGGUUUAUUUUUAAAGUGGAGAGAAUCUAACAAGAAUGAAGAUAUCUUAUGGGAAGAAGUACGAAGAAUACAAGCAAUAAAUAUGGACCUGAAAAGCAAGGCUAUAUCGCUAAGAAGGUAACAUAGAAAUGAUGACGUAGAGUAAUGUCCACUCGAGGACUACAUAAGUUUUAUUUUUCUUCGCUUUGUGAUUGGUCUAGAAAACUCGCAUCAAUUUUUCAACCAAUCAGGUGCAAAACUAAACCUUAACGCCGUGUGCACGCUUUCCUUUUCCCGCUCUUUUGGCAGUUCGCCUGCUUUACUCUGAUUUCUCAUUGACCCUUUGAUAUAUUCUCCUUUGUUCCGAUUGCUCACCACGAUUUCUUUGUUUGUAGUGCUAAGACACUUCUGGAAAAGCGCUUGAAACAUGAUGGAAAUAUUGUUCAAAACCAAAAUUGUGCGCACUGAAUUCUCAAUUUGGUUUUCGCAACAUAGGAUUAGAAAAGGUUACCGUGAUAACUCCGUUCCAGUAAGUGUUUCCUCUAUUUUCGUUUCCAAUUUUUGUUUUACUCCAGAGAAUAUGCCGAACUUCAAGCUAAAGUACUGGAAGAGAGAAGAAAAUGGCAAGAAGAGCGAGAUAAAAGAGAAGACCAAGGCUUGUAAGGAGAGAACUGUGGUCAAACUGAUGUUGCGCGCCUUCAGUUAGGAACGUGCUAGACGAAUAGAUAAGUACUGCGAUCUUCGCUGGCAUUAGAAGAGAUAUACAAAUUUACCCUUUCUCUCCAAGGCGUUUCCAAAGAAUAGUUUCUCCGAACAAUAUUAAUGUACUAUCAAGAAGACAGGUGAUGAGAUUGAAGAAAAUAUAAUCAAGGGCAUACAUUUUGAUUUAACAACCAAUUCUCGUGACUAACAUUUUGAAACUUUGUAGGGGGGGACUGCGGGGAUAAUUAUAGUUCAGGUAAUGGGAGUGAAAGUGGUAACAAAGAUCGAAAUGAAACCAUGUCAGUGGUAAAGAGUUGAAGUAGACCAGAGGUAGAUCAGAGGAUCAGUUCUCCACGUUGGUACUCAAGUUAUACUGAGACCGGCUGCCAUCAGCAACAACAACAACAACAAAACUUUCUCUUUGUGUUCUUUACAUUUUACAAAUUAUAGGAAAUUUUACACGUAAUGAAAACUAAAAAAACAGUAAUAGUUAAAAUGGUAAAAAAAUUAUCACAGAUCAAAUAUUGUUAAUGGAGAGGGCAUAGCCAUUUAGAAAUAGCGAAUGUUAGUAUAUACUAAAACAGAGUAUAGCGUUCUGGUUGGCUACUAGAAUUCCUUACAUCCCUUGCUGGUCACCUCCAUGCAACUCGUAUGAGAUUUGCGCCCGAAAAUAUUUUUAUCGUUUCAGGAAUAAAUUAGUUCAAAUCAUCUCUUUGAGCGAUAUUAUCUCAAUGUGUUAUUAUAUACUAAGACAACCAUUCACCUCGGAGUCGGUGACAAGUGGUGGAUAUUUAAUUCGCGGCUCCGCGACUCGAUGAAUAUUUACUACUAGCCACCGACACUGAGGUAAAUAGCGGUUAAUUAUUUAGACGAGGUGACUAGGCCAUGCAUCUGUAUAUUUAAAAAAAUUCGGGAGAAAUUGGACAUGCAUUCAGUCAAGUGUUCGAGCACAAGGACUGUGCAUUCAUUGUAGUAUUACUACUUAAAAACUAGAUGAGAGCUCAAAAUUUCUGUGGUGUGAUAGUGAGGGUGAGGCUGAUUCAUCUAUCGUGAAUGAAAAAUUGAGAGCGAAUAAACGAAUUGAUCUGUAAAAAUCAAUAAGUUUUUCAAAACUCGAUAAUAAUAUAGUCUCAUCGUUUUUAAAAUUACUUUUUAACAACUACAUGACUUCCGAUAAACUUCUGUU